GUGACCAAGCUAUCCCUAACCCUUUUGUCGUUCAGCCUGAGUCCGCGCAAGAAAAUGUCUCAGAACUGAUAACAAGUUGUUCAGAAAACGCCGUUUCCAACAUUUUCAAUGACCUCUACUCCAGCAACAUUCCACUUUCCCUUCCACCAUCCUGGGCGAAAAUAAUUCCCGUUAAUUCAACUCUAAUUGUUUUUGCAAAUUUUCAUUAUAAUGAAGUUGGCAUCGUUCCAUUCAAAGAAGUUGUAGUGAAUGUAACAGGCGAAAUCAGUUAUCAAUGUUUCGGUAAACCAGUACUAGGUGACUUCGACUCGUCUUUGAGUACAUUGGAGUCUUUGGAAACCAUAAUUUUUAAAUUUGAUUCACUAAGCGUUUGUAAAGGUACUACAGACAUUGAGAGUUGUCCAACAGUGAUCAAAGAUAACUGUGGAAAGUACAGACACACACUUUGCCCUGUUAUUCUCCAUGAAGCUUCUCUCAGACUGUGUCGUUUUUGUUCAAACGUAAAAAAGAGUUGUUGACGUAUAUUAAACUUUAACAUCUCUAAAGAGUUUAAAUUUAUAAUAAUUUAUUUAUAAAGUCAUACGAGAAAAAAUCAGUUUAAAUAAGUUAUUUACAAAUAAAGAAACAUGUUGUGUGUAUGUUUCAAGUGAAUUUUCCCAUAACAAAAUUUUGUGGUGACGUUUAUUCCAUCAAAUUUCCCGUACCAACCGUAUAUUCUAUGUACAGCCGUGGACGAAACCAAAUUAGACGUAAGGAGAAUAUUCUAUGGACAUGCCUCUUAUCUGUCAACAAUCAACCUGUGGUCUGUCAAAACAUAACCUAAAACUUUCAAGCGCACGUGCGUGCUUGUAUAAAACUUUUAUUAUUCACUGUUUUUGGGAGAACGAAGUAGCAAAUUAACAUGACCAAAAUCAAAGACUUGGCAAAGUGCAAACACCCCAACAGCCGUAAAACAAAUGCGCUAGUAAAACAGAUAAAAAAGACCAAAUCGCGUGAAAAAAGCAAACAGGCUGGCAACAUAAAGUUGAAUCUUUUAGGGGAGAAAUUGUUGUGGUUUCGAGAUAAUUUGGAGCCCAAUUCUGCUACAUACACACCUGAACUUACAAUAAAAGUUAUUGAAACCUACUUGGGGAGGUUUGAUGAGGAACUGGAACAAAUUAAAAUAAAACACUCAAUAGGUUGUAGGAAAAAUCGCCAACAUGCUAGCAGAGAAGAUAUUAUUAAUUUAACAAUCAAGAAAGAAAGAGAGGAAUUUAAUUCCUGUGGUUUAGAAAUUCCUGAUUUACUGUGUGUUUCCCAGUUUACCCUUCUAAAGCAGUGGAACGGCGAAUUAAGAUUUUUGCCAAAAUUUAAACUCAAAAGAUAUAGCAGAAGUCAACUGGAGGCUCCUAUUACAAAAACAAGUGAAAAGGAAAACUGUCAGAAAGGAAUGACUGUUAAAACAAAUGCAUUAAUGGAUACUGAUUAAAAAACUGCCAAAAGUG